GUAAGGUUGGUACGAAUGCAUUGUUGAAGCUUAAGAUUCAAAAUGGCGAUCGGCUUGGUGAAAUUACAAGUGUAAUAUGAAUAAAUAUCCUUUUUGCAAAUUAUUGUUAUGUGGAAAAUAAGAUUAUAUUUAAUUAUUGGAAAUGUCUGUCCAUUAUAAAUUCAAAAGUGCUCUGGAAUAUGACACUAUCACAUUUGAUGGUUUGCACAUUUCAGUUAAAGACCUGAAAAAAUCUAUUUUACAUCAAAAAAGAAUUGGAAAAACAUUUGACUUUGAUUUACAAGUGACAAAUGCACAAACUAAAGAAGUUUAUACAGAUGACAAUGUUCUCAUACCCAAAAAUACAUCAUUAAUUAUUGCUAGAAUACCAGUAUCUCAAACUCAGAAAAAAUCAUGGGAUUUUGCUUCGCAGCCGAAUGCUUCGGGGGUGAUAAUUCCAAGUGCUCGCCCUGCAGAUAAUGAAGCUGUUGCUGAUUUGUCUAAAAUGGUCGGGAGUGAAGAGGAUAAGAUAAAAGCCAUGAUAUCUCAGAGCACUAUGGAUUACGAUCCCAGCAACUAUCAAAAGGUUCGUGGAGCUAAUCAACAAGGCGAAGUGCCACCUAAUUACAGGUGCUUCAAAUGCCACAUGGCAGGACAUUGGAUUAAAAACUGUCCUAUGACUUCUGGAGCGGAGACUGCUGAUAUAAAGCGCAACACUGGAUUCCAAGAAGUUUUAUUGUUGAGAAGCCAAUUGGAGGUUACGGCCAGCCUAUCUCCAUCUCCGGAUCCAAUUAAACAAACUACAGUGGUUGAAAAUAAAGUAGAAAUACCUGAAGAUUUGCAAUGUAUGAUUUGCAAAGAUCUAUUGUCAGACGCUGUGAUGAUUCCUUGUUGUGGUAGCAGCUUUUGUGAUGAAUGUAUCAGAUUGACUCUUAUGGAAUCUGAAGACCAUGAAUGUCCUGAUUGUAAAGACAAAGAUAUUUCACCAGUCACAAUGAUUCCAAAUAGAUUUUUAAGGAAUUCUGUACAAGCUUUUAAAUUAGAGACUGGAUAUAUAAAAACUAGAAAAUACAUUCCUAAGAAACCUACUGUCCAUACUCCUACAAGUACCCAUGCUUCAGCUGAUGCUACAGUCGAUCUAGAUUCAACUGCCAAUGAUAAAUCAGUUGUAAUAUUAGAUGCAUCGAUAGAUGAUUCAAACAAAACAGAAACAGAUCAUACACAGGAGAACGAGGAAAGCGGAGGCACCAAAAAUACUGUAAUCUCAGAAGCAGAUUCCACACAAAAUGGUAAAUUCAAAGAAACAAAAGAAGUUCAAGAGAAAACAGCAGAAAAAACUGAUGAACAAACACCUACUGUCGAUGAUACAACCGAAGUGGAAAAACCUGCUGUUGUUGAACGUCCUCCUGGUACAGAAGUAGAAUCAGAUGGAGAUGAUGAUAAUAUAACUGUUACAAUGCCUCCACCUCAUUUGCAAGGUCAUGGGGCACUUAGAAAUGGUAGGCACAUACGUCCUUUCCUGAGGCCUCCUGGAGUGGAGACACCGCCCCAUUAUCAACGUGGUAAUUAUAACAACAAUGGUGGAUCAAAUGCAGACAAACUUGCAUCCAUCUUGGAUGAUCAGCGACCAGGAACUCCUACAGUUGAUGAGCAAAGAUUACCAGUGUCUUCGCAUAUGGGCAGUGUCUCAAACACUGCUCCUGCCAGGACAAAUGCUAUGCAGCAAGAACCUCCGGGGGGAUGCGGUUAUCGGAUAGAAGAACGAUUUUUACUUCUGGCAUUGGACAGGUAUUGGCACCAUGCAUGUCUCAAAUGCACUUAUUGCCAAGCCACAUUGGCAGAUUUGGGGGCUUCCUGUUUUAGCAAAAGGGGCAUGAUUCUUUGCAAGGGAGACUACCAUAGGAUGUUUGCCGGUUCCAAUGGCACCUCUUCUGGCGGUGGGCCCAUGGGGGCGAACAAUGGCCCCUGCUCAGCCUGUGGCCAAGCGAUUCCCGCAUCAGAAUUAGUGAUGAGGGCUCCAGGAGGUGCUGGGGCGAAUGGUGCUGCCGGCGGUGCUGUAUUUCAUUUAGCUUGCUUUGUUUGCAGCAAAUGCGGUGGUCAUUUGAGACAAGGAGACAGGUAUUACAUGCUUGGUGGAAACUUAGUCUGCGAGCAGGAUUGGCAAAAGCUCUUGAAAAGUUCUUCUGCGACAAGUGCUAGUGUUAGAAAGGGCAAAGUUGGCAGGCCGAGAAGGAGUAGAGAUUAACUAGUGAAAAAAUGAUAUUAGCUUAAACUUUAAAUAA